AUGACAACCAAAUACCCCCUAAUCGAAGGCAUCGACAUCCACAACCCCUCCCCAGCACACGAAGCCAACGCCGCCUUCCUGCGGUCCUUCCCCAUCGACCGCGCCGUCUUCCGCCUGUACGCCCGCUCCCCAGGAACCUUCCUCCCCAUCAUGUCCGUCCUGGACAGCAUCCUCUCCGGCGAAAAGCGCACCAUCCAGCUCCUCGACUACCAGCUUAUUGUACUCCGCAUGACGGGUCUCAUCAACGCAGAGUACCUCUUCGGCAUCAACGAGCCCAUCUCGCGCCUCAACGGGCUCGGCGACGACAAGAUUGAGGCGCUGCGCAAGGGCCUGACCUCGAAGGAAUUGAUCGCUAUGGGCACGUGGACGGAGCGCCAGCAGUGUAUUCUGACACUUGUGGAGGAGUCGAUUCGCACGUACGACAAUAAGGAGGAGACGAUUCUGUGGGCCAAGAGGAUUAUGUCGGAUGAUGAGGUCGUGGAGUGUUUUGUCGUUCUGGGGUUUUAUACUACGAUUGCGAGGAUGACGAAGGGGUUGAGAGUGCAGAAGGAUCCGGUUAUUCCGCAUUUGGAGACGGCGAUUGUGGAUACCAUCACGAAGAAUGAGAGGGAUGGGGUGGAGGCUUAG